AGUAAACACGUGUCAACCCAAACACACUAGAUUAAUUAAUUAAUAAAGAUGGGUGUUUUGUUUUACGUUGUUCUACUGCUCGCUGUUGUGUUAGCGCUGCUCCUGGUUGCGUUACUACACGCUGGAUUCUUCUAUGAGUUACGGAUCAGGAUCUCUACUCCACUGUCGUGCCCCAAGAGAGUGGCUUACAGGCUCUACACAGGACCCUACAAGAACUGUGGCGGCUACUUUAAGCAGCUUAUAUCGCUAGUCCCAGAUCUCAAAACAUUUGGUGUUUACUACGACGAUCCUGACAAAGUACCGCAGGAUAAGCUGCGUUACAUCGUCGGCUGUUGCCUUAGCAACGACAGAUCGUCUGGCGAUGAGGAGAGUCUAAAGUCCAAAGGUUACAGUAUAUGGACCUUCCCUACAUGUACCAAUGCUGUCAUUACCGAGUUUCCAUGGCGAUCGAUGUUGUCGCUAUAUGUUGCCCCAUUUUGUGUCUAUCCUCCACUCAAGAAAUACCUUGGAAAUUUGAAGAGCUCCUGCCCCGGGCCAAUUCUCGAGGUCUAUGAAAUCGACUGCAUACGCUACAUUGCACCUUUGGAAAAUAAUGAAGGUUUCUUUGUACCGGAGGUUCCCAUGGAAACAGAAACUAAGAAGGAUCAGUAACUGACUAACUCUCAUGCAAUCAAUUGAACGCUAAUUAAUGUGCCCCCCAUUCCAAUUUCUUUAAUAAUUAUUGUUAUAUUAUUAUUAUAUGGAAAUCAAGUUUGUAUAUA